AUGAACUUCGACCUGCAUCUGUGCCCGGAGAUCCCCUCACCCAACGCCACAUCUUCCUCAUCGCCAUCUGGCUGGGGUCCCCGUGUAGGCAGAGUCUCUAUACGACGACAAGAUGGCACCUCGCUCGAGAUUAAAACACCUGGUCUCAUCACUUCUACGUCACGCGGUAUCGUUCCGCAUCUCGCGAGGGACACAACUAGGGCCACAAAGGCCAUUGCAUGGGUACAUAUUCCAUUCGAAUCUUUCUUGGAUCGUAUCCCGCCAGUACCUACAUUGCAACAGGGCCCACAUCCUCUCCACAAAUACUUAGGUUUCCUACCAUCUCAACAUAUCAUCUCUACUUCCCUUCGGGACCCUUUUGACGGACGCGAGAUGCCUGCAAAUGGUCACGAAUUCGUCAAUGCUUACUGUCUGCGCGGCGUUCGCAAAGUAACAGCCCCAGAGUGGCGAUCAUAUGUUCAGGCUUGCGAACCAGACAUCGUGGUCGCCCUCUCUGAUAUUCCAUUCACACCUGGACCACAUUCUCAAAAACGAAUGACAAAGUCGAUUGAGCGGUCCUCUGCAUGGCUCGUCGAAAUCCUCCGGCCUAUACCUGCAAAUGAAGACCCUCCAUCGGAAACGAAGAGCGAUUCGUCUGUUUCGCCACACCUUAAUGUAUUCGUUCACAUGGCUGGUGGCGUCGAGCCUGCCGCCCGAAAUACAUUCGCCCGUUCUCUCCUCGAGCCUUUAUACGAGAAAGAAGCCGAAGCAGUCAAACCGUUGAAAUGUCUCGACGAAGGCGUCGCGGGCUACACAUUUGACCUCGUACCUCUUCACCGAUCUUUAUCGACACCUUCAACCACUGUCAUCCCUUCGACCACCUCGCCCGCUAAGGUCAAGAAGGCAAUGGCCGUCCUCACGCCACACACCAAUCCUUCUCUUUCCCUACCUGUGACAACCGAGAAACUCAUUCCACUCAUGCAAACUUCGCUGCAGCCGUUGCCACGGAAUAAACCUCGCGUCGCGAAUUCGAUAAGUGGACCGCACGAAAUUUUGCAAUUAAUCAAGGGCGUCGGUAUCGAUCUCUUUGAUGGACAUUGGGCUCAGAGGGCUGCAGAUUGGGGCAUCGCGCUGGACUUUGUUUUCCCCCCGCCGUCAGCAAACACAGACGAGGCCACUGAGGGCACAAGGGCACAGCAGGGAUUGGGCCACAAUCUAUACGACUCACGUUAUGCAUACGACUUCACCGCGUUCGCAGACUCGUUCCGUCCGGCUUCUUCAAACUCCACAUCGUUAUCUACCGAUGAUGACCGGCUCGUCUGUCCUUGCAUCGCUUGUUCCCCGUCGACACCCACCACGUCUAUCCAACAUAGCAAAUUGGACUUGACAUCUCCACCUCCGAAUCCGAAUCCUGUUUCUCCUCCGUUUACGCGCGCAUACGUCCACCAUUUAUUGCACACACACGAGAUGUCCGCGCACGCGCUUUUGGCGUCGCAUAACCUAUCCAUUCUGGACGCUUUCUUCGCUUCCAUUCGUACGUUUUUGUCGCAGAAUGUCGGGGUGCCAGAUUCAGUAUCAGGAGCCGUGUCGGUUUCAGAUAGGUUUUCCAGGGAAGUAGAGAGGUUUUCGGAGGUCUAUGAUAGUAGCAUGACGGUGUUUGAGGAGGCUAGGAGGUCGUGGGCGGAGGUUGAGAUGGCGCGGGGUAAGGGAAGAAUGGCGAGAGAGAGGGAGAAACAGGUAGAUGAUACCUUGGGGACCGCGGUAGAGUUGUAA